AUGAUGUUUUGUGUUUUUCUGGUAUUCUUCAGGAUUGAUCUUGUAGUUGCAGUAUAUACCAGUUACACCGGCGAUACAUUUGUUGAUGCUCUGGCGAUAUGCAAUAACAACGGACAGGACAUGCUGACUAUUUCCAGCUGGCAGGAAUACACCGAUUCUCUCACUUAUUCAAACCAGCUUGAAGUGUCGUGGUUGGGGGUAGAAGAAACUGGAACUAGUGGAGAAUAUAGGUGGAUCAGUAACGGGAAGAUUUUGACAAACCUGGACUGGGUCCCGGGACAACCAGAAGCCUUACCCUGUACCUAUGUUCAUAUCCCUGACAAAGUUUGGUAUACAGAUUACUGUACAGAGACCCAUAACUACAUAUGUGUUAAAAAUUCCUUCGAUUAUGUAGUUGGUCCUGAUAAAGUAAAUUAUAGUACAGCAAUAGAACAUUGUAGCGUUGAAGGUGGUCUAUUACCAGUUAUGAUCACCCAACAAGAUAAACGAGAUUUUUAUACAGCGAUUUUAGAAUACAACGUCAACAACCCGAGUUUAGAAAAGGUGUGGCUAGGGUUGGUAGCCGAUGGUGAAUAUUUCAAAUGGGUCACAGGGGAAGACCUCACCCCACCCUACAAGUGGGCAACCUCAGGACGAGAACAGCAUGUCCAUUACCAUCACGCUGGACACAAAGAUGAGGGAUACCACUCUGAUAAUAAGCCUGAAAAAACGUUCGUUUGUCAACCGAGGGUAUCCGAUGUUCCUGAUGCAGUUACUAGGAGCCCGAAUUAUUUUAAUCGAGUGGUCACCAACACGCUGGUUCUGGGUGACGCCCUGUACGCUGAGAAAGAUUCCAACCAAAUCGAAUGUGCUGCUGUAUGCGCUUUAAAUCCGAGAUGCAUCCGGUUCAUUCAGUUUGGGUCUUUCUGUCAACAUUUUGAUAGUGUUUCGCACACAAAUGUCAAGUUCCCAGGUUUCUCAUAUUGGGAGAAGCGAGGAUUGAAUGAGACUUUGUUUUAG